CAACAACUCAGAACAGAGUUGGAGAACAGCUAAACCAAAUGAAUCUGCUGCCUGCGUAGUUACAGGCGCGAUGACGUUGUGAACGUCUGACAGUCAACUCCGCGCUCUCUUCUUCAACUCCUCAUUCGACUCAUUUAUGAGAUCGUACCUUUUUGAACCUAUCCCGGGUAGAAGCGUUCAAACUGUGCACAGUCGUCUUUCAAAUGAUUGCCCGGCCAGUAAUGUGGAGUAUUUGCUCUUGGCUGUUUUAAUCUCUACUUCAUUCAUGAAUAUCUCACUCUCAGGGUAGUGUUUCAUGGUGGCUGUCCCACCCAUUAAAGGGCGGUUCAGAAUGAGAGAAUCGUUUUCCAGUAACCCUGUUCUAGCUGCCCGGAAAGCUAACGUUAGUUGUGGACUCCCCGUGAUCAGCGGUAAACAGCGAACCGUUGAUUUGAUUUUGUAUUUCGCCACGGUGCUUUCAAAGCUAGUUCCCCAGCGCAUGAGCAGCAAGAGGAGGGGAUUUUACUAAAACGUGCAGAGCAGAGAUGGAAGGAGACGACUGCAGUUUUCUUCCAGAUUCAUCGGAUAAUCACUCGCAAAGAGGAAGUGUUGCUUCUUCUGCAACACUUUCCCGUGCUCAAGAUGUGCUUAUUUACAUCUGUGGUGACAGCGCAGUGCACUUAUCAGUAGAAGGGCUUGGCAGUGUGUCUGUGCAGGAGUUGGCCCGCAGUGUUCGCGAUGCUCUCCAUAUUCCUGAGUCUACACAGGAUGUUUUUGCCUUCUGGCUUUGUUCUCCAUUGCUUGAAUUGCAGUUGAAGGCAAGGCAUCAACCAUACAAACUGUGUCGGCAGUGGCAGGACUUGCUGUAUCGCUUCACUGAGGCUUCAGAGGAAGACAUCUCACAAGAUGAACCAUGUCUCCAGUACCGUCGGAACGUCUUUUAUCCUAAAUCUAAAGAGCUGCAGAUCAAUGACGAGGGUGUGCUGAGGCUUCUGUACGAGGAGGCCAGGGGCAACAUUCUCUCGGGUCGAUACCCCUGCGACCCCGAGCACUGGACGGGUCUCGGAGCCUUGUCUCUCGCUCUCCAUGAGGGAACUGGUCUGGACGGGCAACAAUGUAGUACGACUAUAAGAAAGAAGAAGCUGUCUUCUUUUCUGCCUGCACACGUUGCCAUGGGGAGUGGAGGUUUGCUCUCCACUCUCAGAGGGAAGUCGAGCCGUCAGGCGGUGCUGGAGCAAAACCUGAUGGAGGAGUACAGAAAGAUCAGCACACCUGCUGGAAGCUCUGCUGAGCCCACGCAGCUCCUCCACCAGUACCUCAACACAUGCCACGCUCUGCCUUACUACGGGUGCGCUUUCUUCUUCGGGGAGAUUGACAAACCGGUGCAGGGGAUUCUCCAAAGGGUCAGACGCAAAGCUGUCAACGUCGGGAUCUGCCUGGAGGGAGUUUAUGUGAUGGAUGUCAAAGAGAAGCACGUGCUGCUCGGCCUGCAUUUCAAUGAGCUUUCCUGGGACCACAGCUACCCGGAGGAGCAGGGCGACUCGCACAUUCUGUGGCUGGAGUUCGACGGAGAUGAAGACGGCACUCCUGUCAACAAGUUGCUUAAGAUCUACUCAAAACAGGCAGAGCUGAUGAGUGGAUUCAUUGAGUUCUGUGUGGAGCUGAAGUCUGCGUCUGAGGGAGGAGCUGCGGCGGAGAUGGCCGGUGAGUUGAGGCCGUCUCAGCAGCCUGCAGGGCAGGACGGCAGCAACAAGAACGGACGCGGAGGACGGCGCGGGAUGCUGCGCAGGCAGAGCAGUGUUGUGUGCAGUCGGGUCCAUUCACUGAACACUAUCAGCUACGUGGACAACGGGAAAGAAAUCAAGCGCUUGAAGCCAAAAAGAGCCGCGUCCUUCUUCACCCGACAGGCGUCUGCACCCACAUACUCGGCCGUGCAAGUGACGGAGAGUCUGGAGCAGGGUUAAACUCGCUGAUCAGCGCCGCCCCGUGCCGCUCAAAGACCAAAUCUGAACACUGUUCACUGAGAUUUCAAGAAAAAAAAGACUCGACACAAGUUCGAGACAUUGAACUUAUAAUAUAUGAACGUGCAAAGGACCAAGCGAGGGAUCCAAGUGUGAGUGACAAUAUUUAUCUGUCAAAGUUGUGUGUGUGUAUAUUAAGAGUACAGUAAUGUGAAAAGCGAAACGAUCUACUAACCUGUACGCCUCCAAGGUUAAACUGAAGUGGCUGUUCAUUCGAUGGCCUCGCAUAAAGAAAAUAUAGCGUUCUCCGAGUACCACAUGAGGGACCUCCUCCAUGCGUCUGAGACGAGCCUUACAGAAAUCCAUAGACAACAACGCCGAUUGUCGAGUGUAUGAUACCUCAUGACGGUUCAUAUCUUUCUGCAGCACUCUGGAGCUGUUCUUAUUCAAAAAUGUUAAACCUCAUGAGAGUAUAACCACUGCAUUACCUCUUUUUACUUGUAUCGGAGGUUGGACAUCAAGACCAAUACAUCCCCAUCUAACAAACACUAUGUGAGAGUAACCACAAACUCUUUACCGUCAGCAUGACAAAUGCUUUCAGGGGACGAUCUGAAGGGCGGGUUCCAGCUAUUCUGCUUUUUCAAACUGCCGGUGCCUUGUUCUCAUCAAAGGGUGAAGACACUUGAGAAGAUCCCUGGUAGAAAGGAAACGAGGGUCGUGUCGGUAAUCCUAAGGAGUCCGUAUGGGGGCACAUUAUCUGUGUUGUGGACAUUUCUUGUAAGUAUAUGCUUUGAAGAGAUCUUUGAUGUUCAAGGAUGUUUGCACCUGGUUAUCGUGGAGAGAAAGUGCAGAUGGGACAUCGCGCUUUUCACAACGUGAUUCUGCUGCGAUUUGAAUGGACAGGAUCAAAUUUACUUUUUACAGCAUCUGGUCGUAGAGGCUAAAUUUACGCAUUCACAGUUAGAGUUGUCAUUGGAGAGCAGGAAUUGAUUUGCACCAAUAAAAGAGUCAAAGUGGAGUCCAGAACAACCCAAAUGAUGCGGUACCGCUAGUAAGAUGAAUCGAUUGAAAGCUCUCCUCGGCUCUUAUUCCUCCUGAAAGGUUUGCAUGUCCUGUUCAAAGUUUAACUUCCAACUGGAAACAAGUGACAUCAAUACGCAGGACGUGACUUUAACUUGCUCGGUCGGACCCGAUAAGCCAAAUAAAGCUGAUGCAAUACUGUCCUUGUGCAACUUCUGACACCAGAGGGACAAGGAAACAGACCCUUCCUGUGAAGUCAGCACGACGUUCACCCACUGACUCGUCAACAAAUUUAAACUGCAACCUACUAAGUUUUGGUCUGCCAACGGAACGUGUUUUGUUCCUUGCAAACACAAUCAUGGUUGACAUUAUUUUAAAAAAGAGUCCAGGAACACUAUCUUUGUAGAGAAGUUGUUGACGGCUGUUUUCAGCAUUUCUUUUCUUUUGAAAUGGGGGAUUUGGUUUAAGAUCAGGACCCUUUUCUCAAUCGUUAAGGAACAUCACUGCUUCAGUAUAUAUGGAAACAAAUCUAUAAUUUCUGAGCUAGAGCUUCACCAGACAAGACUACGUGCUCCGUACACACGCCACAGACAAACUGACAAAGAAGUUUUGACUUCUGUUCAAAUCUCAGUCUGUACACCAAAGCGAGCCGUCUAACGCAUUACAAUUUGCUAUCUCGCGCUCCAGAGAAGGACCUCAGCGUUCAACUCGCGGCCUCUGGGCUUCACCCGAUGCUGAUGCAGGCCGAUCCUGUGUUCGCUGUACAUUUAACAAAAGAGUUCACCUCACAAGUGGUCAUUUCUACAUCUGCCUUCUACUGAUUUGAGAUGCGGAGGUGUCACGUCUUCUUCCUGAUUCUCCUGAGCAUGUAAACCGCAGAAUAUUUUUACUUUUCUACGCUUGGACUUGUUACGUCAGCUCAACUGCAGCAGUCCAAUACAUUGUUGCUAACUUAACACUUUGCAUGUCACAAUGUAGAAUAGGCAUUCCACAGACUACACGUCAAGUGAUACUGAACUAUCGAUACUGAUAUAUUGUUUAUGAACCUGUUUUUGUAUUGUUUUUUCGUGUUUAUGAGAGAAUAUUUUGCAUUUCAUUUUCAAAUACUCUGUGUUUGUACAUGACGAUGAAAUGAAGAAGUGGGGUAAUUGAACGCGUUAUCUUCCCAUGGAUCACUUUGCAGAAGCAUCAAGUGCCUUUUUGUUUCCUGAGUUGGCAUCAGAACCAAGAAUGGACGGCUUUGUUGUUACCGUGGUUUGAGGAAGAAAAGAAAGUAUUUGUGUUUUGUGAUACAUUUCCCACAUUUUCACACCAUGCAUUUCAUUCUCCCGAGCUGAUGUGCAUAUGUUGAUAAACUGGAUAAAUACACAUCUGCCUUCGUUAAAAUGUCUUUUAAACACAAUAAACGGAUGAGCCUGUUUCUCUGCAAAAAGAU